CAUGUAUGUAUGUAUGCACCGGCAUGGUUGAAAAAAAGUGUAAGUAUACUAAUCAGGUCAACAUCGACGACGAGGAGCUUUUGGACCAGGUCAUCAAAGGCAUCCCGGACAAAAGUUUUUGCACACAAGCGCGCAUCCAAUGCUUCACUAGUCCUAGACAAAUGUUAAAGGCAUUUGCUGGAGUACACCUUGAUCAGCAAACUACAAAGAACAUAAACACGGGCACCAGACGUCAUGAGUUGCGAUGCCGCAACUGUAACAUUAAAGGACAUUUGUGGAAGGAUUGCAACAAGACGAUUCGAGCCCGGCCAAGAUGCGUUAUUCGACUAAUUCGACCGGAUCAGCCAGGAGCAGCGGCCCAAAUGAUGACGACUACCCAAGCAAAAGCCGCCUUCAUACAACCCAUCACAACAACAAUUAUCGUGCCUCGUAGAUCUCCAAACUCUAUAAUUAAGAACAAGUUCCUACCCGUCGAAGCGGAAAUAUCUUGAGUCGAUACACCCUAUCACGGCAUUAAUGAAAGCCAACUAAUUAUUUUUGAAAAACAUUAUGUCACUAAGUAAGUGAUUAUAAAAUCACUCAAUCGAACUAAAUUAAAUAUGUAUAUA